GUUUACAAUAUGCAUGCGCUGUAAAAUUGGAGUAAAUCAAUAUGGCGGAAAAUAGCCCCGGAUAAUAUUUUCUCAAAAUUUGAAGAAAUUGCGAUAUUGAUAGAGUAUCAGGAUGGCACAUCAACUUCAGUUAGAGAAGGAAAAAUACAGACAGUGGGUAAAGGCUGGUUUAGGACUUGGAUAUUUAAAGGAUGGACUGGUACCAUUCUGUAAUGACAUAGCUGACCAACAACAUAAGGAUAUCUUACAAAACAUUCGGUCUACAAAAUCACUACCAUCAACUGUGACGUGUGGCAGCUGUCAAGUUGAAACUCUCAAGCCAGACCAUAAACCAGUACCUGGGAAUGCUGGAAAGAAAGUUUGUCGUUUUGGGCAAGCAAAAUGCAGCUGUUGCUGUAAGGGAAAAAUUGCUUGUCCGAACAACAUAUGUGGCGCCAUCUAUGAUUUUAUUGUGCAGCAUCAUUCAUCCUCACCACCUGCACCUAACUGGAAAAACACCGAUGCUCAACAGUGGUCGACAGAUCCUUGGAGCAUUUGUAAGUGUUUUAUAAAUGCUCCAGGGUACGAGCAGAAACAAUCUGCUAGUGAAACUGAUUGUACUGGGUUAUUACAUCUAAUGAUAAAUAACCAGUAUUUUCAUAGCCACAUUGGAUGUGAUGUCACAAAAGCCAACAACUUUUUUUUAAAGGUACGUCAGUAUAGAAAUAAUAUUUUCCACUCAAGCAACAUGGAAUUAGAAGAAAGUGAGGCCAAUUCACAUAUUGACGAUAUGAUAGCAGUUUUACAAGAUGGUAAAGAGCUAUUACAACAACCAAAUGCCCAGAUAGCAGUGAAGAAACUUCAAGAUCUGAAGAACAAAGAUUUCAUUAUUACGACUGAAAGCUUUGAAGAAAUCCUGAGAGAAAUUAAGAAAGAAAUGGCAAAAGUUCUGAAAUCGACAGAAAGUGCUGCAACUAAAGAAGAAUAUGAUGAUCUGAAGAAGAAGCUAAUAGACCUUGAAGCCAAGAUGUCUGAUGAAAAGGAGGGAAAGCUGGAAAUUGAAAAAGAACUUAAAGGACUAAAGAAAACAAUGAAAGAACUUGAAUUCCAAAUGUCUCGGGAAACACUUGAGAAAGCCGAAUUGAAAAAGAAACUUGGAGUCUUGGAGACUCUUGUUUCAGAACAGAAAGAGGAGAUGGCAAAAAUUAAGACAGAAACUUCCUUCAGUCAAAGUCAGGCAGAUAAUGAGCAAACCAAGUUAGAAUGGCAGAAAGAGAUGAUAGCAUCAUACUGUAAGAAUUUGCUAAAAGUACCAGCAAUGCCUUUUACUACCACGAGGUCAGAAAUGAUAAACUUUCAGUGA